GGCCGGUGAAGAGCAUUUUGGUAAUUCAGCAUUUGAAGAUAGGCCCAUCGCCUUCUUCCUUCUCUGAGCCAUCCCACCCCUGAAAGAUAAACAUACCCACCACCCAACCCCAAAUCCAAAGCUCGAUUCCCAGAACCCUCGUUUAAAAUCUCUAACUUCCCAGAGUAUCCAUGAUCUCAAACUCCAUUCCCGCCUCAAGGCCUCCGGCAAUUCAUACAUCCUCUUCUUCUUCUUCUUCUUCUUCUUCUGGCAAAAGCAAAACUGCCAUGUUGCUCUUCUCUCUGUCUUCUUCGGUCCCCAGAGCUUCUUUCUCUCCCUCCGAAGUCAAAAUGUUCUCUUCCGCAAUGGGUCGCGUAAAGAAGUCCAAACUUUGCGUUGAUUUUAUCAAAGCUCGUUCUAAUAUAUUUGGAAGAGAAAUGGCAACUCAGUCGUUAAUAUCAAAAAAUCAUUGUGAAUUCUUAAGGAACUUUUUGAUUAUUGAGGACAUUGAAAACAUAAAAAGGCCGUUGCUGUGGGUAUCUGCUCUCUCUUGUGGAGCGACCUCAUGGUUGACUUCUGCACAAGUGGUGCACUCAAGUGAAAAUAUCAAGUCGGAUGCUGUCUAUGAGAUUGCAGAGGUCUUUGAAUUGGGAAUCCAGCUAUCUUAUCUGCUUUUGUUACUAGGUUUGCUUGGGGCUGGAUCUUUUUUUGUGAUUCGUCAAGUCCUUGCUCGUAGGGAGCUUGACCUUUCUGCUAAAGAAUUGCAAGAGCAGGUAAGAAGUGGUGAUGCUGGUGCAACUGGGUUAUUCGAACUUGGAGCAGUUAUGUUAAGGAGGAAAUUUUAUCCAGCUGCCACCAAGUACUUGCUUCAAGCAAUUGAGAAAUGGGAUGGAGAUGAUCAAGAUCUUGCCCAGGUUUACAAUGCUCUUGGUGUCACUUAUGUCCGAGAUGGAAAGAUAGAAAAGGGGAUUGCUCAGUUUGAAAAAGCAGUGACGCUACAACCAGGCUAUGUUACAGCUUGGAACAACCUUGGUGAUGCCUUUGAGCAGAAGAAUGACUUCAAGGCUGCUCUUAAGGCAUUUGAAGAGGUGCUUCUCUUCGAUCCUAACAACAAGGUGGCACGCCCACGGCGAGAUGCAUUGAAGGAACGUGUGCAGAUGUUCAAGGGAGUUUCUAUAAAAUCAAAGGAGAGAUGACAUGAUUCUGCUAAGUGGUGUUCUUAAUUCUGAUGUUGUGGUAUUAAAUUUUGAAGUUUUGUUUGUUUCCAAUUGUCGUUUUGUCUAGUGCAACUAACAAUUGUUGUUUGGCUUGACUUGGUGGAAUUGUAAGCGUUCUGAAUGGCAAAUUAUGAAUGGAUCAAUGUUCUAAA